AUGUCGUGCCUUCUCCUGCGUCGAGUCAAGGCGGGUGCCGUUGGCGGCCUACCGAGUAUACGGAGCUUCUGUGAUUGUUCCUCUCCUUCCCCAUGCUCUCGGCCGCCGGAUCUCCCGGUCUCGGACCUCAUCGCUUCUUCCCUCGGGGGCCGGCGGAGGACGUCUGAAGUUGCCGCUCUGUUCAGGCGGGGAGCUUCUUGGCAGAGUCUGGGUCGGCAGGGCCGGACGAGGCUCUUUUCGGCCGUCAUUCACCAAUUGGUCGGGGUUGGACGGUAUGCGCAGGCCAUCUGCUUGACGAAAGAACUGAUCCAAGAGCUCCGAGGCGCGGGAAGGGAAUACCCGGCCCCUCACCUCGGCCGGGACGCGUACGGUGCUAUGCGGAGGUUCCAGGGCUCCAAGGUCGUCGCCCGAACGGGGAGGGCGGCAUUCGACGUUCUCAUCGUCGUGCUUUCUCAGGGCGGGCUGGUGGAGGAGGCCCUGUGGGUGUUCCACCAGCUCGGCGAUCCUCCCUCCAUCAACGCCUGGAACGCGCUUCUCAAUGGGCUGCUCAGGGCGGGUCGGUUCAGCUGCCUGUGGGGCCUGUACGCAGACACGGUCGGCCGCGGACGGCAGCCGAGCGGCGUAACCUACAACAUACUGCUCAACGCCUGCCGGUGGCAGGGAGACUUGUCGAGGGCUCUGCGCCUGCUGGAUGAGAUGAUCUCCAAGGGGGUCGACCCCUCCGUCGUCACCUACACGACGGUCGUCUGCGGCCUAUGCGAGGAGGGCAGGCUCCGGGAGGCGCUGGGGCUGUUGGGGCGCAUGGUGCGGUCGCGCGUACCUCCCAAUCUCUACACCUACAACGUCCUGAUGGACGGGCACUGCCGACGGGCCGACGUGCGCGGGGCGCUGGCGCUGUACGGGGGGAUGCUGAGGCGCGGCCUGCUGCCCAAUGUGGUCACCUUCGGCACCCUGGUGAACGGCCUCUGCAAGGAGGGCAGGACGAGCGAGGCGAGGACGCUCUUCCGGGCCAUGGUUCGCCACCACCGCGUGGUUCCGAAUGCGCAGGUUUACAACUGUCUGAUCGAGGGACUCUGCAAAUCCGGGAGGCUCUCGGAGGCGCUCGAGCUGCGGUCGGAGAUGACGAGGGCAGGUGUGCGGGCGGACGCCGUCACCUGCGGCAUACUAAUGAAGGGCCUCUGCGAGGCGGGCAGGCCGCAGGAGGCGUCGGAGUUGCUGCAAAAGAUGCGCCGGGAAGGGGACGUCGUUCGUGUCAGCCCCGUCCUGUACAACACUCUGAUCGACGGGCACUGCAAGAAGGGGAACGCGGAGGAGGCGACGCGUAUCUGGUCGCAGAUGGCCGAGGAGGGAGUCGAGCCCGACGCGAUCACCUUCUCUCUGCUGAUCGACGCACACUGCAAGAAGGGUGAGAUGGAAACCGCGACGGCGAUCUUCUCCGAGAUGGUGGUCAGGGGCCGCACGCCGGACGUGGUGACCUACACGAGCCUCAUCGACGGUCACAUGAAGAAGGGUAAUCUGGCGGAGGUGCGCCGGCUGAACAGGGAGAUGGUCGAGGCGGGCGUGCCGGCAAACGCCUUCACUCUCUGCGCUCUGGUCGACGGACUGUGCAGGCAGGGGAGGAGCCGCGAGGCGAUGCAUCUCCUGCUGAAGAGCAUCGGGGUCGAUAUGGGGACUGGGAAGGUGCCAAAAUCAUCGUCGGAGUCCAUCGGUGUCUGCCUGCCCUGUGCGCCGAACGGCAUGGCUUACAUGGCGCUCAUCCGCGGUCUCCACGCGGACGCGCAGGACUUCAAAGCCGGGAGACUCUUCUUGCUCAUGAGGGAGGCCGGCAUGGUGCCGGACGCCCCUACAUACGCAUUUCUCCUCAAGGGGCAGUGCCGGUCGGGGCGCCUGAUGAACGCCAUGGCGUUGCUCGCCGACAUGUUGAAGGCUGGGGUGAUUCCCGAGGAAGACGAGAACCCGGCGGGGAUCUCCAUCUGGUGCGGGCGGUCGGAGGAGUCGAAGCUCUGCCCUGCGACUGCGACAGCGAUUUCAGAAGAGUGA